AUGACCGAGAAAAACGCUGCGCAAACGGGCACGAGACCCGAACAACCCGGCAAUGGUACCUUAGGGAAUCUCAAGAACAAUAUGGCCGAGGGAGACGCUGUCAAACAGGACUCAAGCGCCAAAGACAACUCGCGAAAUUCUCCAGCGUCCAAAGGUGAAAACGCUGCCGCGGGGACUCACGCCAGCCCCAAGAAGCGUCGCAAGGUUAAUCAUGCAGAUGACGAAAGUGUGCAGAACAAUGACUUUUCGAACGUCCUUCAAAGUAUGACUAGCAAUGUCGAUGUCCCGGAUGCUGCCGGCCAGCAAAUCCUCCCUAAUGGGCUUCCAUCGUCGUCUGUGCAGCACGGCAGCCUCUCCUCCUCUUCAGGCCCAGGCCCCGGCGCAACUUCCCAGCCACUUCUCGGUUACAAUGAUUGGCUCGGUGGUCAAAGCCAAUUCCAGGAUAUGCACACUUUUCAUCCUUCGUACAUGUUCAAUGCUCCGGAGGUCACAAACGAGUAUAACCUUCUUGGUGACUUCCUGAGUAACAGCCUCUUGGAUGACGGAUCUAUGUUCCAGAACGAUGAUCUGCAGGGGAUUUAUUCUGACCCGACGUUGAUCAGUUCGAUGACAACACUCGGUGGGGGACCUAACGCGGCGCUACUCCAGCAAUCACAACCGCCACAUUUGGCCCAGAGCCAACCAUCUCAGGGCGAUUCACUCCAGGGUCCGACCAGUGGAGCGGUAAAUGAUAAAGCGCGUGAAACGUAUUACAUGACGGCAGCAGAUCCCUCCGGGUCUGACCCACCGGAAGAGCGAAUGAAUAAACUUCUCAAGGCUAAAUACGAUGCCGGCCUUCUCAGACCAUUUAACUAUGUAAAGGGCUACGCCAGGUUAAACCAAUAUAUGGAAAAGAAUCUACAGCAAGCCUCGCGCCAGAAGAUUCUCCGACAACUCGAUAAAUUCAGGCCCAAGUUUCGGGAGAGAAUGCAGAGUCUGACGGAUAUCGAACUCAUCCUUGUGGAGAUGUGGUUUGAGCGGAGUUUGAUGGAAUACGAUCGUGUCUUCGCUAGUAUGGCGAUUCCCGCUUGCUGCUGGAGACGUACGGGUGAGAUCUUUCGAGGCAACAAGGAGAUGGCAGAAUUGAUCGGAGUCCCAAUCGAAAGUCUAAGAGACGGCAAGCUAGCCAUUCAUGAAAUUAUUGUGGAAGAUCAGCUUAGAUAUCCCCACACGUUUGCCGUCAAGGCGCUUCAGCUUGAAAUUCUAAGCAGAGAGGGACACUCGAAUGGCAACAAGUAUCUUCAAAUAAUACGAGAUAUGCUUGAUAUACUGAAUCCCAACGAGACAGAGUUGAAAAUAGUGGUGUUCUUUCUCCAGAAAGCUCGAGAUCACGAGACCAGUUUCUAUGUGCAAGGACUACAGCGGCUUUUGGUCGAAAAGCUUGCUAAUUCCGAUCAACAAGAGUGGACUGAGCGGAUCUUCAUUCUCUUGGUCUGGACACUGACAAAUAAUCGUUUUCAUAUGCAGAACAGUAGCAGUAUUCUGUGUGAUACGAUGAAAAGGAUGGCCAAGUGUGGUCGAAGUCUCUUGAGCGAGGACGCAACAAAUGCUUGUCUGAUUCUCAUAUGGAAAUAUGUCGAUGUAGUGUCAUCUGAAGGCAAUCUUCCCGUUGCAGAACACUGGUGCUCCUUCGUACUAGAAGAAUCGAUGUUUCAAAUUUCAUCGGAAAAUAGAGCGAUUUUCAUCAGAAGAUAUAUAGCCUUCGCAUCGGAUAAUUCAAAUGCGUGCGCGGCGUACAAGCUGUUUGGCAAUAUGCCAAAUGAGUAUAGGAAAUGUCCUUCAGCACUAUACUUGAUAUACAAAGCGGCGUUGAAUGAUAGAGACUUCAGUCAGGGGCACUCUUAUCUCCAUUCGCUCUGUCAACUGGGCGCAACUGGCAGAACAUACCUCUUGCCAUGUGCAGCAGAAGCCCUUCGAUCUGGGCAAACACUGUUGGCAGCUGAAUGUCUCCGGCAUGUACUAGAUAAUUUAGAUGACAGCUUCCUGGAAGGAAAGUACAUUGCAAGCCUCUUCAUAGCUGCAGGCUGCCUGGUCUCUGCACAAUUAGGGGAAACGGGAAAGGUGAAAGAGGAUGAUGAGCUUUUAGCUCAGGUCAUACGUGUACUCGAAGCAGCAUACAAAAGUGGACAAAACACCGUGUUUUCGGACGUUGAACUUGAGUGGCUUUCGCAGAGGAGCUACAACAUCGCUGUUCAGGCACGCUCGUGCGAUUCCAGGCUAGUAGUACAGCUACUGGACCUCUCGAUACAGUUCACAGCCUUGCAGAGGAAGACUCCAACAUGCGAGAAGCAGUCCAAUCUUUGGCAACAUUAUCUGCACUGCGAUAUCAUCAAGGCUUUUAGACAACAACACUAUGAAAAUGCCCACAAAUUUGCCCAGCACUGCCGAACUUAUAUUCAAAGCCGACCACACCCGGAGAAUACGACUGAUGAAAACAGUGAAUGGCUCCAAAAGUAUCGAAGGAUCUUGUCAAUUGACCUAGAGUGCACUUUAUUCUUCAACCAAUGGGAUUGUGUGCCGUCCAUUAUUGAGGAGUCGAAGACCCUAAUCGAUGGUGAACUCAGUUCGAUAUUUCUUGAUUGUGUCCUUCGUUGCGGAGCUUCAGUAACACAUAUCGCCAAGGCUGUUGAGACAAUCGUACUGGUCCUCCGCACCAAUGCGUCCCCGUACCUAGAGGCCGCAACAGCCCGGGCCGUUCUUCCCCGCUACAUCCAUACCUUCUUCCAACUGUCCUUGGACGCAUCAGAAUACUGUCUCGCUGAGUCGGCCCUUGAUCAGGCUUUGGCUUCAGCUUGUGACCUUUGCGGUACGGCCUUGUGCUACCCAAGCGAUGAGAUUCAGUGGAUGGCGACGGUGGCAUUUAAUCGAGCGGUGGAUCUCUAUUUACUUUCUGAAAGCGGCGAAUGCCAGCGGUGGGCAGGGAAGGCCAUCAAACUGGCCGAUCUGGGCGAGAAGGACUGUAGGAUGUUGGGGAAGCUAUUGAGAGAGAAACUUCAGAAAUUGUCCUAG